AUGUCGUCCGCCGCUCUCACUCGCGUCGCCCGCGCGAGCUUCUUCUCCGCCCCCUCCGCCCGUCUGCGGCCGGUGCGCGCUCUUCAGGCCCAGCCCUUCAGACCCGCCGCCGUGGCCGGCUUCUCCUCCGCCAGCAGGCGACUCUCAGACGAUCACCACGAGGAGAGCUUCGAGGAGUUCACUGCAAGAUACGAGAAGGAAUUCGAGUCGGUCCAGGACGUCUUCGAGCUCCAGCGUAACCUCAACAACGCCUUCGCGUACGAUCUCGUGCCCUCCCCAUCCGUUAUCACCGCUGCUCUGCGGGCCGCCCGGAGAGUCAAUGACUACCCAACCGCUGUGAGAAUAUUCGAGGGCAUCAAGGCAAAGGUGGAGAACAAGGGCCAGUACGACGAAUACCUCGAGGAGCUAAAGCCAUUGCGGGAAGAGUUGGGUGUGAACCUCAAGGAGGUCAUGUACCCAGAGGCCUCGUAG